CGAUCAGACCAGAGACACUUCAACAGACUCUGACUCGAUCAGUCACAUGGGUGUUGGUGUCGGUGCCAGUGAGGAGAAUCUUCUCGACACACAGGUGUCAAGUGAACAACCAGCAUCGACGAGUGAACGUCAGACCGGAGACGAUGAGACCAGAGACACUUCAACAGACUCUGACUCGAUCAGUCACAUGGGUGUUGGUGUCGGUGCCAGUGAGGAGAAUCUUCUCGACACACAGGUGUCAAGUGAACAACCAGCAUCGACGAGUGAACGUCAGACCGGAGACGAUGAGACCAGAGACACUUCAACAGACUCUGACUCGAUCAGUCACAUGGGUGUUGGUGUCGGUGCCAGUGAGGAGAAUCUUCUCGACACACAGGUGUCAAGUGAACAACCAGCAUCGACGAGUGAACGUCAGACCGGAGACGAUGAGACCAGAGACACUUCAACAGACUCUGACUCGAUCAGUCACAUGGGUGUUGGUGUCGGUGCCAGUGAGGAGAAUCUUCUCGACACACAGGUGUCAAGUGAACAACCAGCAUCGACGAGUGAACGUCAGACCGGAGACGAUGAGACCAGAGACACUUCAACAGACUCUGACUCGAUCAGUCACAUGGGUGUUGGUGUCGGUGCCAGUGAGGAGAAUCUUCUCGACACACAGGUGUCAAGUGAACAACCAGCAUCGACGAGUGAACGUCAGACCGGAGACGAUGAGACCAGAGACACUUCAACAGACUCUGACUCGAUCAGUCACAUGGGUGUUGGUGUCGGUGCCAGUGAGGAGAAUCUUCUCGACACACAGGUGUCAAGUGAACAACCAGCAUCGACGAGUGAACGUCAGACCGGAGACGAUGAGACCAGAGACACUUCAACAGACUCUGACUCGAUCAGUCACAUGGGUGUUGGUGUCGGUGCCAGUGAGGAGAAUCUUCUCGACACACAGGUGUCAAGUGAACAACCAGCAUCGACGAGUGAACGUCAGACCGGAGACGAUGAGACCAGAGACACUUCAACAGACUCUGACUCGAUCAGUCACAUGGGUGUUGGUGUCGGUGCCAGUGAGGAGAAUCUUCUCGACACACAGGUGUCAAGUGAACAACCAGCAUCGACGAGUGAACGUCAGACCGGAGACGAUGAGACCAGAGACACUUCAACAGACUCUGACUCGAUCAGUCACAUGGGUGUUGGUGUCGGUGCCAGUGAGGAGAAUCUUCUCGACACACAGGUGUCAAGUGAACAACCAGCAUCGACGAGUGAACGUCAGACCGGAGACGAUGAGACCAGAGACACUUCAACAGACUCUGACUCGAUCAGUCACAUGGGUGUUGGUGUCGGUGCCAGUGAGGAGAAUCUUCUCGACACACAGGUGUCAAGUGAACAACCAGCAUCGACGAGUGAACGUCAGACCGGAGACGAUGAGACCAGAGACACUUCAACAGACUCUGACUCGAUCAGUCACAUGGGUGUUGGUGUCGGUGCCAGUGAGGAGAAUCUUCUCGACACACAGGUGUCAAGUGAACAACCAGCAUCGACGAGUGAACGUCAGACCGGAGACGAUGAGACCAGAGACACUUCAACAGACUCUGACUCGAUCAGUCACAUGGGUGUUGGUGUCGGUGCCAGUGAGGAGAAUCUUCUCGACACACAGGUGUCAAGUGAACAACCAGCAUCGACGAGUGAACGUCAGACCGGAGACGAUGAGACCAGAGACACUUCAACAGACUCUGACUCGAUCAGUCACAUGGGUGUUGGUGUCGGUGCCAGUGAGGAGAAUCUUCUCGACACACAGGUGUCAAGUGAACAACCAGCAUCGACGAGUGAACGUCAGACCGGAGACGAUGAGACCAGAGACACUUCAACAGACUCUGACUCGAUCAGUCACAUGGGUGUUGGUGUCGGUGCCAGUGAGGAGAAUCUUCUCGACACACAGGUGUCAAGUGAACAACCAGCAUCGACGAGUGAACGUCAGACCGGAGACGAUGAGACCAGAGACACUUCAACAGACUCUGACUCGAUCAGUCACAUGGGUGUUGGUGUCGGUGCCAGUGAGGAGAAUCUUCUCGACACACAGGUGUCAAGUGAACAACCAGCAUCGACGAGUGAACGUCAGACCGGAGACGAUGAGACCAGAGACACUUCAACAGACUCUGACUCGAUCAGUCACAUGGGUGUUGGUGUCGGUGCCAGUGAGGAGAAUCUUCUCGACACACAGGUGUCAAGUGAACAACCAGCAUCGACGAGUGAACGUCAGACCGGAGACGAUGAGACCAGAGACACUUCAACAGACUCUGACUCGAUCAGUCACAUGGGUGUUGGUGUCGGUGCCAGUGAGGAGAAUCUUCUCGACACACAGGUGUCAAGUGAACAACCAGCAUCGACGAGUGAACGUCAGACCGGAGACGAUGAGACCAGAGACACUUCAACAGACUCUGACUCGAUCAGUCACAUGGGUGUUGGUGUCGGUGCCAGUGAGGAGAAUCUUCUCGACACACAGGUGUCAAGUGAACAACCAGCAUCGACGAGUGAACGUCAGACCGGAGACGAUGAGACCAGAGACACUUCAACAGACUCUGACUCGAUCAGUCACAUGGGUGUUGGUGUCGGUGCCAGUGAGGAGAAUCUUCUCGACACACAGGUGUCAAGUGAACAACCAGCAUCGACGAGUGAACGUCAGACCGGAGACGAUGAGACCAGAGACACUUCAACAGACUCUGACUCGAUCAGUCACAUGGGUGUUGGUGUCGGUGCCAGUGAGGAGAAUCUUCUCGACACACAGGUGUCAAGUGAACAACCAGCAUCGACGAGUGAACGUCAGACCGGAGACGAUGAGACCAGAGACACUUCAACAGACUCUGACUCGAUCAGUCACAUGGGUGUUGGUGUCGGUGCCAGUGAGGAGAAUCUUCUCGACACACAGGUGUCAAGUGAACAACCAGCAUCGACGAGUGAACGUCAGACCGGAGACGAUGAGACCAGAGACACUUCAACAGACUCUGACUCGAUCAGUCACAUGGGUGUUGGUGUCGGUGCCAGUGAGGAGAAUCUUCUCGACACACAGAUGUAUAAACCAACGGAUUUAAUGAAUCAAUCAUCUGAUGACUUGUACGUGGGACUGGUUAAACAGAAAACAGAAAAACAGUCUCAUAAUAAAAAUGCAACGUAUAUAACAUUUGGAGAAGUCUCAGGAACCUAUCGAAUGAACAGAAGAGCUGAUUAUAAUUACACCAUGAAUUCUUCAUUGGAAGAAGUCAUAGUCCAUAUUGGACAGAAAGGAGACAUUGGACCACAGGGUUCAGCUGGUCCAGAGGGUUCCAUGGGUUAUUGUCCAGAAACAAUAUGUCCACCAAUUGAUAUGAGUUCAUUUAAAGGUGAUCAAGGCGAGACUGGAUCAAGUGAAUGGUGUGAUAGACCAUGUAAAACUAUUGAUGGAAUGAUUGGAUUAAAAGGCAUAAAAGGUCUAAAAGGUGAUAUGGGAGAUACACUAGUAUUAUCAUUUUCAAAAGCCUUACAAUUAAUUAAAUACACUAUAAACAUCACAUCAUCAAAUUAUUUUCCUAAAGGUCAAAAAGGGGAUAAAGGUGAAAGGAUUCAGAGAAAACUCAUUCAAAGAAGUAUAUAUACACAGAAUAACAGAAAUAUUCAUCGACGUAAACGGGAACAACAACAAGAUUAUGAUCAUUUAAAUCUUCGAAUUCAUUCUUUACAGGAAAAUAAGAAACGUGUAAAACGUUCAUUUAUGAAUUCUUUGAAUCAAUCAACAAAUGACUCAAGUAUAUUAUUCACUGGAUCAAGUUUUGCACACUUAGAAAAACAAAAAAUCUUAGGUGUUAAAAUAAUUCAUCAUCUUAAUGAAUUCAAAACUCUUAGUUCAAUUCUACCAGUUGGUGCUUUAGUUGUUACUGAAUUGCCCAAUUAUGAAAUAUUAUCAUUAAUAAAUGAUGACCAUUUAUCUAAAUGGGAUUUCAAUAAAGAAAUUCAAUGGAAUCCAAUUAAUUCAUUGGGUUUAUUUAUGAAAAUUGAAAAUAUUCAUAAUACAUGGAAAAGACUGCACGUUAAAUUCGGACAAGAAGUAACAUUUGGUCAACAUCACCCUAAUUUACAAAUCUACAACAGUUCAUCUUCCAAAGAACCUUCAUCUAAAAUUAAUACCCCUCGACAUAAAGAAAAAAUAGUAUUUGCAUUUCAUCCUGUUCCUUUGACUGGAGGGUCAUUUUCAGGAUGGCAUGGAGCCAAUAAGAAAUGUCAUGAGACUGCUCUCCAUCAUCUUGGAAUACCUGACUUUAAAGUACUCCUUGUAGACAGAAAUUUUCCAAUAGAACGUCUUAUCAAAUGGCAAUACAAACAUGUACCUAUUAUAAAUCUAGGUAGUCAAACUGUAUUUACAAAAUGGAGAGAUUUCCUAUAUGGUAUUCGUUCGAAUACAAACGUACCACUGUACGAUUUAUAUGGUAUGCCUGAUUUACAAGUUCAUUCUAAAAAAUUCUGGCUUGGAGGUGGUAUUACUUUUGGAUGUGAUGAAUGGUCUACUAAUUCUUCAACCAAAUUUGGUAUUACAUGGUCAUUUGAUUAUAGAAUAGGUCAAGUGAAAAUCAACUAUGAAAAAUGUGAUUCAAUCAAUUAUUUAAUGUGUUAUAAAAUUAUAAAAUCUACAAUAGCUUAAUUACUUACUUACGCCUGUUACUCCCAACGGACCAUAGGCCGCCGACCAGCAUUCUCCAACAAUAGCUUAAUACUUCAGUUUAAUUAUUACAUUGAUGAUUAUUAUUUUAGUAAACUAUAAACCUCUCUCCUAGAAUUACUCAAUUUGAUCAAUCAUUUAAUUAUUUUUAUGGAAGUUAAUAUUGUCUUAUUUUCUAGAUUUUUUAAAUAAAAGGAUACAAUCUACUUUAUUAUAAUUGAGUAGUAUAAUCAUC